AUGUACCAUCUGGCAAAGUCCCUGUAUAUGUACGCCACCAGCAAAGAGGAAUACUCCGUCCUCCUCCUCGGCCUCGACAACGCAGGCAAGACUACGCUCCUCUCGCAGAUAAAAGCCCUCUACCAGUCCCGAGCAGAUGGAACACCCGCGCCAAAUCCCGGUAAAACAGUUCCCACCGUCGGACAGAAUGUCAGCACAAUCUCUCUACCGGAUAUGUACCUGAAGAUAUGGGACGUCGGUGGGCAGAUCUCCAUGCGCAACCUAUGGCAGAGCUACUACUCUAGCUGUCACGCGAUCGUCUUCGUGGUGGAUAGUACCGAUGUUGGCCAGAAUCCGGAUAUCACACGGCUUCCGUCUAUCUCUACUGCAUCGUCUGCGAAUAACACUCGGAAACCCUCGGCUGCGGGGUUAGCGUCAGCGGAAAAGACGGCGGAGGCGGGGGUGGAAGAAGAAGCAGACGUUGAUAAUGACGUUGCAGAGAACUCAUUCACCGAACAACUGGCCGGCAUCAACGCGCCCGGUAGCGAUUUCGGUCGACUCGACGAGUGUCGACAGGUGCUAGAGUCCGUCCUGCGGCAUUCGGACGUCUCAGGCGUGCCCAUCCUCGUGCUUGCGAACAAGCAGGACCGGGAGGAUUCGGUUGAAGUCGUCCGUAUCAAAGAGGGAUUCGUGAGGAAGGUCUUCGAGGGUGAAACAGGCGGUGUUGUCCGCGAUAGUCGGGUGCUACCAAUCAGUGCGCUCAUGGGAUCCGGAGUGCAGGAAGCUGUCGAAUGGAUUCAAAGCAGAGUGAAGUGGAAUAAAGAGGGGAGACCACCGGUUAUGAGGUGA